CCAAACGUAAUCAAGAACGAGCUGCAAGUUACACUAAUAAAUGUCAAGAGUUACAAGGAUUUGACUUUAGUCAGGCUUAUCUAGGUGGCAAAGAUACAUUAGUAUCAAUUAAAACUGAAGGAGGAAAAACCUUUUGUUAUGUAAUUUGUGCAUUAGUAUUUGAAGGGAUAACGAUAGUUAUUAAUCCAUUGAAGGCUUUAAUGGAAGAUCAAAAAGUAAGUAACAGUCAGUGUUGUCAUGAGACAUUUUUGGGACAUGACCUGAGACAUUGGGACUUAAUGUGGGACAUUUUGGGACAUAGUGUGGGACAGUCUCAAAAUGUUUGGGAUAUCGAAAAUGUACAUCACUGGCCUAGAUAUACCUUGUGCUUUGAUUUACGCAAACUCAAUACAAGGCAAAAGUGA